CCAAACAAUAUAUAAUUUAAAUUUGAAUACUUUUCCCGCGCUAUUGCCAACUUAAAUAUGCUUAAGUGGUACGCGUGAAAAUUAGCAGACGACAAACGCACAUGUGUCCGGCGACCGGAAAUUAAUAUUCAGAGAGAGAAUAGCGUUCUCCCAGUUCAGUCGUGCUAAUCGAAAUUAUUAUAUUAAUAGUUGUCUCUGUGAAAACUUAAUAAUUGUUAAUGAAUUUAUAAGAGAAAUCCAAGAAUAAAUAAAGAAUACAUAAAAAUAUUAUAAGCGCAAUAUUCUUUCGACUGGGAUAAAAUAAUAAUAAUUCAUAAAAGAACCAUAGCGCAAAUUUCUAUUUCCACACAAAGAAAUCAAGAUCUGUCAAUCAACAUGGACAAGGCAGAAAGAGUCAUUGAGGAUCCAUCAUCGGCAACAUUGCCGAAAAUUCCCGUUUUGCGCAUACAGUUGACCUCUGAAAGGUCAAGCGAUGCCAUCAUCACCAGCGAAUCCAGUGACUUAGUCGCAGUCAAUAGGGCAGAUUUUGAGGCCCUAUUGUCAGAGCGAAGCCAUUUGAUGGAAAAGUUGGCUGCAACGCGCAAGGAAUUAUCGAUUCUGGAGGAGGAUACUAGACCUAGUGCUACUCCUACAUCAAGAUUUGAGGCCGAUCUCGGGGACCAAUACAAAGCCCUCCUAGAUCUAUUAAAAGAGCGCCACGAUCUCUCUGCCCAAAUCGCCAAGAUUACUGAGGAAUCUGAUGAUCUUCGUGCCAAUUGCGCAAGGAUGAAAAAAGACUUGAAAUCUUACGAAGAGGAUUACCAUCACUUAUCGGAGGAUUAUUCCUACCAAGAGGAUUACAGCAACCGUUUGCGUGAAUUGUUCCACCGAACAGUGUCGGAGGUUUAUCAUGCGCAUGCCAAUUUACGCGAGCCAAAACUUCGACCAAAAGUGCCAGAAGGAUGCCUUAAUUGCGGAAUACCAGGGCAUAGCUUCCGCUCUUGUCACAAAAAAUACUCAGGUAAAUUUUGCCAAGUCUGCGCGCAUCCUGAUUUCACAACCAAAGAAUGUCCCUGGCCACACUAUCCAAACGCAUUCACCAGCAUCCCCGAAAAUCGCAGAUGCAAGUCAUGCUGGCAACCUAAAAAUUUGCCUAAUCCACACUGCGUUGACUGUCGAAGACGGAUGAUCGCUGAAGGUAUCAUCAAGCGCAACAAAUUAGCGCAAGAAUUGGAAAAUUCGGCACCCAAGCAGCAAUCCAUCGACGAACCAAAUUCCAGAGACCAAGCCUCUACUUCAGCUCCAAGAAGCGCAGCAGCUUCACAAACAGGAGAAGUACAUGUGUCGUCCAUCGCUAUUAAUAAUUCAAGAAGUGACAUAUCUAUACAGUCACUUCCUUCAACAUCCAAGGCUAGAGCACCUCGAUCUAACCAAGAGACUGAACCGGUAGAUUCAACUGCGCCAUCCAAAUUUGAGCCACCACUCGACCAAGAGACCGCCGCUAAAUUGGCCGCUUUACCAAUCAGUGGUCACUCACGUAUUGCGCAAAACUUCAUCUCUCCACGCGAAUCAGAGGAAGAUAAUAUCACUCUGUGGGCGAAUCUCAAGGACGCCUUAGGAAUUGGUUUAGACAAGGACGAUGAGAAAGAACCAAAUUCUUUCCCCUUUACGCGCUAGAUGUUUUGUAGCAUCAGUCAAGUCGCACUUAAAAAAAAAA